GGGAUUUUCAUUCACCAGUUUCAAAGCUCCUCAAACAACAGAUUAUGCAUCGUUGACACUGAAAAUCAUUUUACGAAGUUACUGCAGCUAAAAUGCCAACUCUUGACGACAUAAUUGAGGGCGCUACUAAUAAAAGCAAACGGCAACUGCAAGAAGCUUUAAUGGGGCUAUUGAAAGGGAAUCCAGACAUUUUAGAUUUGGUAACGAAAUCAAAGACGAAGACACUGCAGGACAAAAAUGAAAUUACUGCAAGAUGUGCAAAUGAGCAAGAUGCACAAUUACAGAGAAGCUCAUCACUGUCCCACCCGGAACUUGAAAACCAACUUAACCGGUCUCCAAGACCCAGAUAUCAGUGGCAGUUGUCUGACAGUGAUGAUGGCAUAGACUCUACAUGGACUGCCACUACAAAGCACAUGUCACCUCGUGAACUUAGCAAAUGGCGCAAAGAGCUUUAUUCUAUUUACACUGGAUAUCUACCUUGUGACAUUACAAAGAAAGAGCUAGUACAGCUGUUUGGUGAAGUUGGAAAUGUACAAGAUGUUCAUUUACAGCCAUCAAGAGGAGGAAAUUACACUUAUGGCUUCAUUAGAUAUUGUACACUUGAUGAGUGCCGUGAUGCAAUUGCAAUGCUCCAUGGCCGUCUCCUUGGCAACAGCACCAUAACAGUAGAGUACGCAUCUGAGACUAAAGGAAGAAUGUCAUGUGAUGAUUCAGAUGAUGUACCUCAUGGCAAGAGGGACAGGCUUUUGAGAGAUGACUUCCCAAGACCAGAACAGUAUCGCUCUAUGUCUGAGGGGGAAUCUCAGGAGAAAAUGGUUCUUUGGAAAUUGCGUUGUUCUGCAAGGAGGCAGAAGACAUCAAGUACAGGAAAUAUGAUGGAUACACAAGAAUGUGACAAAGAAGAUUCCCUGAUAAAUGCUCUUCAGGAAAUAGUAAAGAAAGUAAGCAGCCUUCCUGGUGACACCUUAGCCUCGCCCUGUGGAUCCGAGGGCACUCCUUGUUCACCUUGGGUUAUGGAGGAGAUAAAUAGCGGCGGUGAACAUCAUAUGUCCAACCAACAGUCAGUCGCAACACACUUUACCGAGGAGGGUUUACAAAGCCGUAGGAUUUACGAGCACAACGUGACUAACGGGACGAAUACAGAAUGUUUACAAAGCAUGGAGUUGACAAAUCAUCAGGAAGUUUUUCAACACACGGAUAACCAACUUAUCUCAGGAAGACCUUGUGAAGCUGACGCACUGCAUUCAAGAAACUCUACACUAACGUUCUCUCCACUCAAACGCUAUGAUUCAGUAGGCAGCCCUGGUAUGAGAGUCUCUCAGGGAAGGUACUUCUCCCCAAGCAGCUCUGAUGAAACAUCAUCUCCAGGGAGGUACACUUCCCCGAUAAGCCAAGAUUUUACUCCUUCUCCGACAAUCUAUACAUCUCCAAGCUGCCCAGAUGUGACUCCUUCGCCAAGACGAGGUGAUACCUCACUCAGUGAAAUAGAAACCAGCGGCUCUUUCAGUUUCGGCUCACUGUCGCUAGAGAAACCCCUCAGGCAAGAUUGCAAUAACUGCCAUGAAGAGAUCACAAGCAAUGUAUUAAAUUCGAGCCACGUGGGAAGCACACCAUCUCCUUGCCCCUCAUGUGCGUCUUCUUUAAAUGGCAUGGAACUCUGCUCUUUUGAAUCUGAUAGGCAUUACAACAAACUAGGGCCAGAGACUUCAGGAGAGUCGCCAGUGUCUUUUAAAGUACCCCAUCAGGAUCAAACGGGUGCUGCUGUGUCUACCAUAAAUGGAGAAGUAGUUCAAGAUUUUAAGGGUGUAUCACCACGACAUGAUCAAAUAAAGGUUCAUGAUACCUAUGUUCAGAUAGGUAAAGAAUCAGAUUCAGUGCCGACAAAAACGCCUCCUGUUCAAUGUCUUCCACGAGAACAUCCUCUUAAAGUUGAGAAGAACACUUACCCGGCUUCUUUGAAACCACUGUCCCCUAAUAAUGCAACGGUUCCUCUUUCAUCCGUUCCUGCUUUACUUCCGGCUGAACUUGUGUCUCCCGCGGGCUCGAGCAUAGUGGGACCGCAUGUAUCACCGCCAAUCGAUCCUGGUAGUGGAUCGGAUCCUCCUACAGGCGCUACUGCUUCAUGCACACCAGAGCCUGUUUCUUCUUCAAACUCAAGCACGGUAAGACCCCUCAUGAAACAACAAUUAUUCUCCAACCCUUCCCAUGGGCCUCAUGAGCCCCAUGGGCCACCCCAGCGUAUUCAACCAAUGCCGGUAAGCAUGGCUUCCAGAUUCCAACACCCUGACUUUCCGAGGCACCAGUCGGGUAAUUUGAUGUUUCCAGGAUGGAAUGCUGAUGCUUUUCUUCAACAGCAGCUUCUGGCGUCGAGGCUGCCGUUUGGACCACCAUUUUACGCAGGAAUGCGUGUAAUUCAACCAAAUAGUCCAAUAUCGUUGCCCUUACAGGAGCUCCGAACUUCUCUGGGGCGAUCCAACAGGGGUGCAGCAGGGAGGGGACGAUCAUUUGCACCAAGAUUUCCCAAUGCAAAUCUUGGAAAUAUUAGAACUCGUGGCGAAAUUGAGAAUAGUGAGUUACCUUCAACGACGAUCUUGCAGGAAACCUCUUCCGUGAGGAACACUUCAGACACACCUGAAGAUUAUACUCCCACUUUAUUUCAGAAUCAGAAAACCAAACUUGAAUCAGCAAACAUCGACCCUUUGCCGCUUUUCAAGAGCACACCGUAUUGUAGCCGUAACAAAAUUGACGAGGAAACAUCUUUGACUCAAAGUCCAGGAAGCAGUAAUUCUCCUCCGGACGGAAGCUGCUUUGAUGGUUUGGCAAAAGAGUCGAGAGAAGGGACUGAGUUUCGACGCUUUACACACGUCCGUCAGGAGGCUGACGAUCAAGGAAGAUUCAAUGCUAAGGAUGUGAAGCGAGUUACAUCUUCAAGCGGCACCUUAGAAAGUUUGGAAAACGAGAUGCAAAACUCUGAUGUGAAGAGCUUAUCUCCAAGUAAAAUGACACAGAGUGAACUGCGUCUCAAAGACCAAAAGAAUGAGUUGAAAAGGAUCGUCCGUGAGAAUGAAACAAUGCGUCGGAACAUAGACUGGACGAAAUCCAGAGGAAUGGCGGGUAACAGGGAAGAAGAAAGUCAGCUCAAAGAAGAAAUUAGUGUUAAAGAGCUCUUUUUACAAAAGGAAAAGGAAAUAUUUGUCUUAAGAAAUCAAGAGCAAGAACUUUUGUUUGAAAGAGAAAAGUUAGAAGCUGCCUUUGAUCAACAACUAAAGAAACAGCUCGAGACAGAACAAAAGAUUGGUAAAAUAGAGAACAAGAUUCAUCUAGCAAAAUUGGAGAAUGAGCUCCUAAGACUGUACCAGGAUCUCUAUGGAUACACUGUUAUCUAUUAGCGAUGUAUUUGCUGCCUUACGCACUAUGGCACGUUG